GGGGCUGCGUGACGUCACGAGUCUAGGAAGUCCCAGUGAUCUUCCAGAGAAGUUCGGUGUUUCCUGCUGUCGGCGGAGGAGGAGAGACCGAUGACAAGGGGCAGGCUGGCAGCCCAGCCAUGGACGACUUCGGCAGCCUGGCAUACAACAUCCUGGCAGCAUGGCUCACCGUCAUAGGGGUCUUCAUCAUGUUACCCUCCGUGUUUGGCAUGUCCCUGGGCAUCUCCGAGAUCUACAUGAGGAUCCUAGUGAAAAUGCUGGAGUGGGCCACUCUGAGGAUUCAAAAAGGUUUUGAAGAACAAAAAAAACUUCGAAUGAUUGCAUCCAAUGGUAUCAUUGAGAGAGAUGAGUCGCCAAUGGAGACAGAGAUUGUGGGCCUGAGGCAGAGCAGGAGCCAGUGCUUACAGCGUGGCGAUUUUGAGUUGUCGGAUGUGUUCUAUUUCUCGAAAAAAGGUUUUGAAGCUAUUGUAGAAGACGAGGUCACCCAGAGAUUUUCCUCAGAAGAACUCAUAUCAUGGAAUCUUCUGACAAGAACAAACCAUAACUUCCAGUAUCUCAGUCUCCGUGUGACGCUUAUUUGGGUGCUUGGUGUUUUUGUACGUUACUGCAUUCUCCUACCACUACGGGUUACCUUAGCGAUCAUUGGGAUCAGCUGGCUGGUCGUGGGAGCCACACUUGUUGGGCAGCUGCCAAACAGCAGGGUAAAAGACUGGUUCAGUGAAAAGGUCCAUUUGGUGUGCUGUCGAAUUUGUGCCCGAGCACUGUCCAGUGCCAUUCAGUACCAUAAUAAGGAAAACAGACCCAAAAAGGGGGGCAUUUGUGUGGCCAAUCACACAUCUCCGAUUGAUAUCAUUAUCUUAGCUAAUGAUGGCUGCUAUGCAAUGGUGGGACAGGUUCAUGGAGGACUUAUGGGAGUUAUCCAGAGAGCGAUGGCAAGGGCAUGUCCACAUGUGUGGUUUGAACGUUCUGAGAUGCGUGAUCGCCACCUUGUGACAAAAAGGCUGCGAGAACAUGUGUUUGAUAAGGAAAAACUACCCAUUUUGAUUUUCCCAGAAGGUACCUGUAUUAAUAACACAUCUGUCAUGAUGUUCAAAAAAGGAAGUUUUGAAAUUGGCGGAACUAUAUAUCCUGUGGCAAUAAAGUAUGACCCUCAGUUUGGUGAUGCAUUUUGGAACAGCGGUAAAUACACAAUGGUGAAAUACCUGCUGAGAAUGAUGACAAGCUGGGCUAUCAAGUGCAAUGUAUGGUACCUACCCCCAAUGACAAGACAGGAGGGUGAAGAUGCUGUUCAGUUUGCCAACAGAGUUAAAUCUGCUAUUGCUAAGCAAGGUGGACUGAUUGAACUACCCUGGGACGGAGGCCUGAAAAGAGACAAAGUGAAAGAGUCUUUUAAGCAGGAACAGCAGAAGAACUACAGUAAAAUCAUUGCAGGAGAAAAUAAUGUUUUUCAGAAGGAUAACUGAUCAAUGCAAAGUUUUAUAGACUGAAAGGAUACUUCUGGCCUUGUACUUUUUUCCAGAUUUACCCGUCCUCCUUCUAUUAGAUAUAGUCUUUUGUUUUUCACUUGACUUGAACAAAGGACUUUCCCCCAAAAAUAUCCAGGAAAGCUAUAACUAUUCAAGUGUAGUCAACCAUGACACUAUGCCAAGGGUUUACUGAUAUUGGGUUACGUUGACUAGGGAAAAUGGAUUUUUAGCUGUCAUAGUACGUUUGGGUACGAAUAUCAGGAAUAUGAUUGGUGAUUGCUUUACUAGAUACCAGGCCAAGGCAGCCUUAUUUGUGUGCACUAUAUCAUCACCAUUUUCACAGACCUGAUACCAUUGACAUAAAAAUGAACUGGAAUGAGCAAUAUGAAUGUUUUCUGAAUGAUUAUUGCACAAUUACGGUAUAUUUUUACUUGCAACUCAGAUUAAAUAACACGUGUGGAUAUUGUCGCUAGAUUCUUGUGGGGCUUUGGUCUCCAGUGACUGGGAGUUUUCAUUUACUUUCAGUAGGUAUUCCAGUUUCCGCACAUAGGGGGAGUUAUGCCAUGUGCCAAUGCACUUUCUGUAUCGCCUUGCAGUCCGAUGUUGUGAAUCUUCCUUAUUCCCAGGGGAUGAAUAUUUGCUUUGGUAAUGCAAUGGACAUGCAGGUACUGUAUAUGGCUCAUUACAGUACUGAUUGGCAAAGGACUGUGUGGCAAAACUGUCACAGUUUGCUGCGGUUUCUCAGCAGGAACGGGUGGAGUGCAUGUUAUCACCCACUUGGCACACUACCUUUCUGCAGCCGCUAUGUGGAAGGCCCAGCUUAUGAGAGCAAUGUAUGAUCAUCACUUGACAGGACUGAAAUAAUGAAGAAUGCCAUUAAAAAACAAAUACUUUUUAA